GGAGAUACGAAGUUAAUAAGGUACCAUACUUUGCUCGCCCAACAACGCGAAAGGUUCCAGGUUUGCAGGGAAAGAACACCCGGGUCGGGCAUCCUGCAGGCAGUGCCCCAUGCUCCGCCGGGCCUGCCCCGCUUACCGCUGCGGCUCAGCCGCCCCUACCCAUCACAUCCUUUAGCCAAGCCAAGCCAUUAACAGCGCCUUCCAUCUCAGUCGUAUUCGCACCCAACUUAAGCCGGGCAACUUCCAACUCACUCGUCUCUUCCUUGACGGUUCUGCUGCCUUUUUCAUAUGCCUCCGGCUAAAGCGUGGAGACGUCGAGACUCGGGAUGGAUUCGCCCAAAGCAGCCGUCAACCUGGAGACGGAGCUGACGUGUUCUAUUUGCACUGAUCUACUGUACCAGCCGCUCACUCUCCUCGACUGCUUGCACACGUUUUGCGCUGCCUGUCUCAAGGAGUGGUUCCACUGGCAAGCGGUACGGGCUGAAAAUGCGCCUACGCCCCCUCUCCCCGAUGCCGCCGUCUUCACCUGCCCCUCGUGUCGGGAGCGGGUGAGAGACACUAGGCACGAUGCGCGGGUAACCACGCUGCUCGAGAUGUUCCUCGCCCUGAACCCGGACAAGGCCAAGUCAGACGCAGAUCGCGCCGAGAUGGACCAAAAGUACAAGAAGGGCGACAAGAUCAUGCCCAAGCUGAGUUUCCAGGAUCGCACUCCAGAGCAAAGGCGCCUGGAUGCACAAGAACGGCGGCUCCUGGAAGAGGUCCAGCAGAUGAGUCUCCGAGACGCAGUAGCCGACGCCGCCGCCGCCGCCAACUCAUCGCAUGCGUCGUCAAGGACGAGGAGGCGCGACGGCGCCGACAGCAGGUCCAGCCGAGAACCGAGCAGAAGCAGGGACCCCAGUCGCGAUUCCGAGACCAGAGGCACGCGCGAGAGCGCCCGUAGGCGCGCCGAGGGCGCAACGUUGCAAGCAGACAACGUCUACGCAGAGGAGAGGAGACGGCGUAGGAGCGAGUCGAGACAGCGACAUACUAAUACUUCUAAUGUAAGGGCGCGAUAUAUGAACCACCAGUCAUCCCUUCGGUCCCUCAUCAGUUCUGAGGGCGUCGAGGCGCGGGAUGUCGAGCGCGAAAUCGAGGAGUUCGCCCGCCAGAUCCAGGAGGAAGGGCUGCUGGAAGGUCUAGAUCUGGACAACAUCGACCUUGCCAACAAUACCGAGCUCAGCCGGAAAAUCACCGAGGCUUACCGGAGGCGGCAUCGCGAGCGGCUACGAAAUAAUGGAGGGAGGAGCAGUAACGCUAGUGCCCACUCUCAUCGAUCCGAGGUGGCGACGAGACCUAGAUCACGAACAGGGGAUUCGUCUCGACCUAGCAGCAGGCACGCAGCCCACUCGAGGGAACCCAGCGCGAGCAGCACCGAGGAGCGCGGGCGAUACCCGCCUUCGGCUUCAGGUCUCCUCGAGGUCCAGGAGCCCGCCCGUAGGCGACGGCGCAUGUCUAGCGGCACCCGUAGCGCGACUGUGCCCAUUGGCCCCACCCAACCGGAUAUCAGGGCCCCGAACCGGCGUUCCCAGACGGAUCUGUCGACGAUAGUGACCAGCGCCGGCCAGAACCUAAGCAGGCCGCGCGUGACUACUGAUAUCAGGAGCGUGAGCUCGCCCACAGUAGUUACGUCUGCUGGGGCGCGUGUCGAGUCGCCGGCUGCGGCAGGUCAGCCCUUUCAUGUCCGAGCAGCCGCCGGCCUGGGUAUCUCUCAGCCACAGCCAGAUCCUCAGCCAGACCCCAGCGCCAGUAAUAGAAAGAGAGCAGCAAGGCCUGCGGAGCUUGCUCUCGGGCAAGGCUCGCCCAACCUCGUCUCAAUAUCGGGUCCUUUCAGCACGGACCUCGUCUCUCCGCCCCUAUCUUCGCCCCGCCGAGCCCAGAUGCCACGGUACAAGGAGCCUUUUAUAAGCUGCAGUAGAUGCUCCAGGGAGCAUAUUGAAUACGAACUGCACUACAACUGCUCUAUUUGCAGCAAGGGCGGUUGGAAUAUUUGCCAGGAUUGCUGGCGCCAACGGAAGGGGUGUCUGAAUUGGUACGGGUUUGGAAACGGAGCCUGGAAGGUAUGGGAGAAUGCCAAAGCCAGUGACCCCCAGACUGCUCCACCACACAUACUCGCAGCGCGACGUUACACACCACCGAAGGCGAUUCCAGGCGGCGCCGAAGGUCGACGUACACUCACCACAGAUAAUCCCAUCGACCGUCUCCAGACCGGGUCCUUCUGCAGUGGCUGUCUCGCCUGGGCCAACGACGGCUUCUGGCGGUGUGAUUCCUGCAAUGAGGGCGAGUGGGGGUUUUGCGGUGAUUGCGUUAACCAGGGCGUUUCCUGCAGCCACCCGCUGGUUUACCAAUCGCCUUCGGCCAGUUCCGUUCAGUCGCUGAACCCGACACCGCCAACAAGUCCGUCCCCAAAGUCGCCAGUCUUUCCACGGCCUUCGGCACCUACGGUAGUUGGCGGCCCUAGUGUUUUGGCUGUCGGGAACCAGAAGGAGGCGGCGCUCACGCCCCCGUGCGAGGUCUGUAGGAAGCCUAUUCAGUCGACGGAUCCGCGCUUGCACUGUUACUCGUGCACUUCGAAGGUCGUGCCAGAUCCUCGGCCCGGCGACUACAACAUCUGCCAGCCUUGCUAUUCCGUGCUUGCGUCGAACGGGAUAGUGGCUCCGGAAAAUGGUCCGGCGGGCUGGCGGCGCUGCCCGCAGGGCCACCGCAUGGUGGUGGUAGGAUUCGAGCUCGACGAGAAGGGUGGCGAUAUGCGCCGCAUCCUGCGCGAGUCAGUAGGCGGCCGGCGGCUGCGGUCUGAGCCGUACGCAGCCAACCCCAGCAUACAAGUGUUUUCGUGGUGGAACACGAGCGCCGGCGACGCCCCGACAAAGCUGGAGCGGUUGGUGGCCCUCGACGUGAGCGUCGUGGCCGCUGCUGGCAGGGCGGCGGCCGAUGUUGGCGGAGAACAGCCGGGCCGUUUUACGGACACUUUCCCGGCCGACGGGGGAACGUUCCCUCGCGCCGUCGCUAAGUGGAGCUGGUAUCCGGCGGCAGGGGCUGAUGAUGAGCUGAUGUUCCCCAAGGGAGCAGAGGUGCUCGAAGUGGAGAAUGUCAACGACGAAUGGUUCCACGGCUACUAUAUGGGGGCCAGCGGGCUUUUCCCGGGCCCGUACGUGAAGCUCGUUCGGAGGGAUGAUUCAUGAUGAAUGUUUCUUUUUUGGCCCUUGGUGAAAAUCGUGGUCUGCCAGGGUCAUGAGCUAUCUGUUUCCCAUGUUGAUGAUUGAUGCUCUUUCAUACACACAUAUAUACCAUGUUGAGUGGGAGAAGAAGACAGAAUAUGUACCUGUUUGCCUAGGAUGCCAGACGAGAUAGGACCGGAUAUAGUUUACCUUUUUUCAUAUAUAUAUAUAUAACACGUACACACACGCGCGCGCGUAUAUAUAUACCU